AUGCCAAACGAAGUAUACACAAUUCGCGAUAUUCGCGAUGCGGCCGUGGCCAAACUUGAUCCAAAAUGGUCUGCAUAUCUCAACGAAGGCUCCAUGGAUCUUAUAACCGUCAAAGCAAACGAAACAGCAUACGAUCGAUACAGAAUCAUGCCUCGCAUCCUCCGAGACGUCACCAACAUCGACACAACCACCACCAUCUUCGGCACAAAAGUGUCAAUGCCAUUUGGCUUUUCGCCUGCCGCUAUGCAUUGCCUUGCGCACGAAGACGGUGAAUUGGGGACAUCCCGAGCUGCGGCAAAGGCUGGCAUUGCUAUGGGUUUGUCUCACUGGGCUACAAAGUCGCUCGAGGAGGUUAUUGCCGCCGGAAAAGCUAUUCCUGGUCAAUUCAAUCCUUACGGAAUCCAAACCUCGGGAGCAGCGCGCAAGGAAGAUAUUUCUGCGCUCGUUCAAAAGGCGGAUAAAGCUGGUUACAAGGCCUUGCUGGUCACGGUAGAUGCUCCAACAAUCGGAAGGCGUCUUAAUGAGUAUCGAAACGGCAUCGACCUUCCGCCGGGUUUGAAGUUUCCCAAUAUUUCAGGAGACCUGGACAGCUUCCGAGCUAUAAAACGAGAAGCAGGAACAACAUUUAGCGAUUUCAUCCCAUGGCUAUCUAGCGUCGUUCCACCACAUAUGGAGAUAUGGCUAAAGGGUAUUUACACACCGGAGGAUGUGAUCAUGGCUGCAACUUAUCCUCGGGUCCAAGGUAUCAUUGUAUCUAACCAUGGCGGGAGACAGCUUGAUGGAGCCCCUGCAACGCUUGAAGCUCUACCCGAUUGCGUAGCCGCUGCAAGAUCCAUCAACGCAUCCCGUACGCCUGAGAACAAAUUGAUGAUUGACAUCGACGGGGGUAUUAGGAGGGGUAGCGACAUCUUCAAGGCAUUGGCCUUGGGUGCCGACUUUUGCUUUGCAGGAAGGAUUCCCAUUUGGGGUCUGGCAUAUAAUGGACAAAAUGGUGUUGAAAGAGCUUUAGAGUUGUUGCGUGAGGAAUUAGAGAUGUGUAUGCGGCUGUCUGGGUGCAGGUCUGUCGCGGAGAUAGGACCAGAAACCCUUGCUGUGGUUGACGGUGGAGUGCCUGGUUUGAUUACGCGCUUAUCAAAAUUGUAG